UCUCCAGCGCCGUCCGCCCCCCACAUUAACCCGGCUAUUUCCAGAAACUUCCAGCCCACUUUUUGCACGUCACUUGAAGGAAUCUUUAAAGCGUCCGUCGCCCGUAUAAAAUGUCUCAGUACUCGGCGGCCAGCAGCAUGAACGGCAUGAAGACUCAGUCCCCGACCCUGACGAUGGCGAGCAACGAGAGCGAGCCGCUGCCGCUGGGCUGGGAGGUGAAGAUCGACCCCCAGACCGGAUGGCCCUUCUUCGUGGAUCACAACAACCGCACGACCACCUGGAAUGACCCGAGGCACGACUCGAAAAAGGUCCGAGAAGUAUCAGCCAAUGGACCCAACAUACCACCAGAACCGAGUCCACAAGAGACCCAGAAGACCUUUGUCAGGGAGAUGAAGCACCCUAUCCUUCGCCCGGGUUAUGUUCCCAUCCCAGUCUUCCAUGAGGGCGCUGAGCUGAGACAGCAGCAGCAUCCGUGCUACUCCUACAUCCAGCCGUCCACUGCACAGACUAUCCGGACAGAUGGGAGGACGCCGUCCCCGACGCCGGGGCUCCACUGCAGGCCCAGGUCACCACUGCAUGGCCCGUCGGACAGCUGCCCCACCGAGCCGGCCAAGGUGGGCUCACCGGUUUCACAGACACCAGAGAUUUAUCCGGCCCCACAUCACCAACCUCCUCGGCCCAGCAGCACCGGUCUUCAAGCUGGUUAUAUCCCGAUUCCAGUGAUUCACGAGGGUGGAGGAGGACAGACGCAGGCUCAGUUAAAUCCCUCUGUCUACUCUCAGCGCGUCCCUUACCCUGAGCAUCAGCAGCCCUUCCAUCGCCUUCAGACGGACGAAUGGCCCGGCUAUUCUUCUGCAAUGCAACCACCUCGAGAAAGGGCCUCUCCAAUACUGCUGCCCCAGCACCGCGACGCUUCUUCUAUUCAUCUUCCACCUCAUGUCCGAAGCCAGUCGCCUAUUGUAACCCAGGUGCUGGGGGAAAGACCACAGGCUCAGCAGCAUGUCCUCGCAAGAGAGCAGCCCCAGAAAAUGGAGCAGGAGCAACAAGGCGUGCCGCAGAAACCUGAGAACACGCCGCUCCAGCAACCGUUGCACACGGAAGUCGACGUCCAAAAGCCUCAACAACCUCAUCAGUUCCAGCAGCCUCCACCUCAGCAACCCCAGCAGUUUCAGCAACCUCAGCCGUUCCAGAAGCCCCAACAUUUUCAACAACCUCAGCAGUUUCAGCAACCCCAACAGUUCCAGCCUCCUCAUCAGGUACACCAGACCCAACAAUUUCAGCAACCCCCGCAGUUUCAGCCGCCUCAACAAGUACACCAAACCCAACAAUUUCAGCAACCCCAACAAGUACACCAAACCCAACAAUUUCAGCAACCCCAACAGUUCCCACAACCCCAACAGUUCCAGCCGUCCCAACAGGUACACCAAGCCCAACAGUUCCAGCAACCCCAACAAUUUCAGCAACCCCAACAGUUCCAGCAACCCCAACAAUUUCAGCAACCCCAACACUACCAGCAACCCCAGCAGUCUCAACAACCCCAACAGUUUCAACAGAUACCACCUCAAACGCCUCCUCAGCCUCAACAACUUGAACAGUUACCACCGCAACAGUUCCAGCUGCCUCACAAGCCAGAGCAACCCCAACAACAUGUUGCAGACAUCACAGUUCAAAUACCUCCAAAACCAGAGGCUCAGGAUACCACUGCUGCUCCGCCGGAGGUCCCUCCUUCACCGGUAGAGGCUGAACAGACCCCACAGUGUCCCAUCCACCCAGGUUUGAUGAAGGUACAGCAAAUAGUCGGACGAGUUGCCAAACUGGAGCAGGAGGUGAAAUGUUUCGAAGGGAAAAAGAACGACAAGAAAUACCUUUUACUGGAGGAGCUGCUGACCAAAGAGCUGCUAGCCCUGGACUCGGUUGACCCGGAGGGUCGUGUGGAUGUACGGCAGGCGAGACGGGACGGAGUCCGCCGCGUUCAGACCAUACUGGAAGAACUAGAACAACUGGAGGAGCAGCCAGUCAGGCCCCCGGGUGAGACUGCCAUGGAGGGGGACGACCCGUCACAGAAAGGAGAACCUGGCCUGAUCGCCAAGGAGAAUGUAGAGGCGGCGAGGGAGAUCUCGUAAUGACU